AAGCAAUAUAAUCCUCCCAGACGAAGUGUUGAGUGUUUCUGCACGUACCGCUCUCGCCACCGAUAGGAGAGGAGCUUACAUAUUCAAGAAUAUGGGUAUUAUUGGGAGAAUGAGAAGGCCUCUUGAAGACCAUCAUCUUCUCCUUAUGGCUUUCUUUGUUGCCAUCCUUCUACAAAGGGCUGUGGUUGAAUCAGGUGCGCUAAAUGACACAAGGUAUAGGCACACCAGUAGCCUGAGACUUGAAAGGAUUAAAAGGCACUUGGAGAAGAUCAAUAAGCCUCCUGUGCUCACCAUAGAGAGUCCAGAUGGAGAUCUUAUUGAUUGUGUUGACGAAAGAAAACAACUGGCUUUUGAUCACCCCCUUUUAAAGAAUCACAAGAUCCAGAAAAUGCCAACGGAGAUGCCUGGAGGGAUGAAGGUGGAGAGAGAUACUAGUGAUAUGGAAGGUGAAGGAAUAUCGCAAAUGUGGCACCUAAAUGGUACACGGUGUCCGAAGGGAACGGUUCCCAUACGCCGAACCACAGUGCAAGACGUGUUGAGAGCAAAGUCUUUGUAUCACUUUGGCAAAAAACGCUCACGAGUUUCCCUCUCUCGCCGCAAUGAUGCCCUAGAUAUUCUCGGCAACAAUGGCCAUGAGUAUGCGGUCGCAUACACUGAAUCAUCGCAAAACAUAUUCGGGGCAAAGGCAACAAUAAAUGUAUGGGAUCCAUCAAUUCAGGUGAGGGGCGAGUUUAGUCUAUCACAAAUUUGGGUCCUUUCAGGAGCCUUCGAAGGUCCUGAUCUUAAUAGCAUCGAAGCUGGAUGGCAGGUCAGUCCGAAGCUCUAUGGUGACAACAGACCCAGAUUGUUCAGUUAUUGGACGAGAGACACGUAUCGUUCAACCGGAUGCUACAACCUUCUUUGUGCUGGUUUUGUUCAAAAGGAUGCUAGGAUAUCCAUUGGAGCUGCCAUUUCUCCUCUCUCUUCUUAUGCUGGCAAGCAAUACGACAUUAGCAUCCUGGUUUGGAAGGAUCCAAAAGAAGGGAACUGGUGGAUGAGUUUUGGCGCGAACACAUUGAUAGGGUAUUGGCCCAAAGAGCUAUUCACAAACUUAGCGGAUCACGCGACGGCAGUGGAGUGGGGAGGAGAGGUUGUGAACACAAGAACCAAUGGGCAACACACGUUUACCCAAAUGGGGUCUGGACACUUCGCAGAGGAAGGUUUCGGAAAAGCAAGCUACUUCCGGAACCUUCAGCUCGUAGACAGCAAUAACAAGCUGAUUCAAGCGCAGGACGUCUCAACCUUGGCCCCCAACUCAAACUGCUAUAACAUCAAGAUGGACAACAGCAACGAUUGGGGGACCUUCUUCUUCUAUGGUGGGCCCGGGAACAAUCCUAAAUGCCCAUGAAUAUACAUACAUACUCCAUCCCAAAUGUCUUUCUCUCGUUGCAUUCUUUAUACAGUUAUUCUUGUUCCUACAGCUUAAACUUUUUUGCUUCUUUCCAACCAUGCAAGGGCAAAGAAAUUUUUACUUGUAGUCAACAAUAAAAUAAUGAAUCUUCAGAUGUACCAAUAAAAAAUAAAAAAUAAAACGAUUGGAAGGCAAGUUUUUGAA